UAAGAAUGAAAGAUGAAGAAUGAAGAUGGUUGCAUUCAGCUUUUCAGCGAACCGGAAAUCGUUCGGCUCAGUUCGUAUUUGUCCGCUGUUCAUCGCUAUUCAGGGGUGUUCCACCUUUGGGCACAGUGAGUACAUCCGUCAAAACAAGAGAUGAGUCCUACCGCUUUGUUAAUUAUCAUAGUUUCUGCUGUUUACAGUUCUGCACUUCCUCUCGUUGAUCCUGGGCUUUUUGUCAUCUCUGGUGUAAAAACAUGUGGAAAUGGAGAGGGGUACUGCCUCCUCGGUACUGACUGUUCAUUGGACAAGGAUUUUAUGGAAGAUCGUACUGGACACUGUGGAGGACUGCGAGGGGCAUUCACACCUUCUGCUCAUUUCAUCUGCUGUUCAGACAGCAAAAAGGGGAAUGAGGUCGAAGGAAAUAUUAUACAUACCACAAACUUUUCAAAAUAUCCACCAGAUAUAGAAGCAGACAUGACUACAGAAAACAUAGAAACCACCACAUUGUCGAUGGAUAACAUCAUUCUAGAGUCAGAAACAACAGUCAUUCAGGAGGGUGUCAAGUGUAACAUGACAAACACAUGUGACAGCACAAUCGCAUUUUCAAUGGAAGGAUCUCAGUUUUGCAUGGGAAGUUAUGUUGGUGCAGGAUGGGUAGUUACUUCAGCCUCAUGCGCAAUGGAGAUUUUUAGAUUGGGGAUGAAAAAUGUCGGGGUAAAUUUUAUGGCAGAACCCAAUAUUUUAGAAAGCUUCGUGAAAACAAUAAUCGUGCAUGAGAAUUAUAGGCCUACUGCUCCAAAUCUACUUCUUCCAGAAAUUAACAAUCUUGGUUUAGUACAGCUUAAAAAUGCAACAAGCAGAUGCGCUCUUUGCCUUCCUACUAGAGGACAAGGAUUUACAGGUCAAGUUUGUAAAACAUUUCCCAACGAGAAUACCUCAGAUACAAAUUGUGAAGCAGAAGUUGAGAGCUUGCAGGGGACAGCCAAAGAAGAGUUUCUUACUCUACCGUGCAACGGAACGAUGCAGUUGGAUUAUCAAAGGGAAAAGUCAGAAAAAGGCAAACCACUUAUUUGCGAAGGGUAUUUAAGUGGUGUUGAGACAAGCGCAGGCAUCGGAAUGACAAUAUUUACCCAGCUGUCACUCUACUCUGAUUGGCUAAGAGUGAAUAUGGAACCGAAGCCAACUCAACAUUUUAGAACAUCCUGAAACCAAAGAGAAACUUGUUUUUAACAGUGGUUGUAUUUGUUGUUUUAAUUUAACUGCUUGUA